AUGAAUGAAGGUGUCAUCUCAAGCUCAAUAUUCUGUACCCCAGACAAUCUUCAACAACUCUUGGACCUGCUAAAGUCCGUGACACCAACUUCCGAGUUUCCCGUUUUGCCAGUGUCUGGUUUGGUUUCUGAUAACAUUGGUUCAUCUACUCUCGGAACUCUUGGAGCUAUUACCAGUCCGCUUCCAGUGGCUAGAUUUUCUGGCUCCAUGUCAUCAAAUUUGUCUCCAGUUCCUCAAGAGGUCAAGAAAACCAGAAGACCAAAGAAGGCAAUAUCUCCUUUGGAGCUCGGAGGAACCCCGGAUUUCCAAACGAUGAAGGAGCUCUUCAGCUACCGUAGCUUCCGAACCAAAUAUCACAAAUCCAUGAUCAUAGCUCCUCCCGUGCUCUUUGGAUCCAGAGAAUACAUUCAACGAUGGGUGGAAGCUUGUGAGAGAGCUAGAACUUCUCCAAUCUAUCAUGAUGAGAAAAUCGUUUGCCGUACCUCUUUAUUCGAUCCCAAACGUUUGGAUGCUAUCCCCCAAAAAGUGGUGAAUCCAGUGGACGCAGCCAUGAUGUAUAAGCAAUGGCGUUUGGAGGAUAAUGUGCACAUCGAUGAAGCCAAAAAAGAAUGGAAAGAGCUCUCAAAGGACUUCGAUUUCUAUAAAGAAUGGGCAAAACGAGCAUCUGACCUCUUCACGGAGCACGUCAAACAAAAGGAAGCCGGCUAUAUCGUUGUGAUGGACACAGAUGUUGUCUUGGUCAAGAAACAAGAAAAAAAAAUAGUGUUACUAUCCGAGAGAUUCAGAGAAACAAACAGAUCGAAUGGCGCGAAGACGGACUGUCGGAAGCGAACGAAACGACUGCCGUCUGUUCUCCUCCCGCCAGGCAUCCCCUUUUCGGCGGUCCCGCUCUACCCGUGGAACUGA